AUCGCAAUCAGAACUUUACUCAUCGGUCUUCUCGACAUCCUAUAAGAGAUGCUCCUGCCACCACUUUCGUCCACCACACUCGCCAUGUUUCCGCCCACGCUACGUCCUUCUUCCCCCACUAAGGUCAUCAUCCCUGACCUCGUGUCACACUGUACAUUCGCAUUGCGAAGUAGCAUACAUCAAAGAAGGCUCUCCGCAGAGUCCGAGAGGUGGCUGUUUAGGAGUGACAAUCUCAACGAGAGCACUCGCCAUUCCUUCCGCGGGCUGAAGGCCGGCAAACUCACUGCAAUGUGCUACCCGAACGCCGGAUAUCCUCAACUCCGUGUUGUUAGCGAUUUUCUGAAUUGGCUAUUCCAUCUCGAUAAUUUGUCGGAUGACAUGGACAACCGCUCCAUAACAGAGGUUGCGAACGUCGUUAUGAAUUCUUUGCAUCAUCCGUAUACAUACCGGUCCAAUGUCCGGCUGAGUCGGAUGACCCGGAGCUUUUAUAGGCGGAUUAUCAAGACCGCAAGCCCCGGGGCAUGCCAACGCUUUGUCGAAACUUUGGAAUUCUUUUUCCAAGCCAUCAACGAGCAAGCGACCGACCGCGCCAAGAGCUUUAUCCCUGACCUCGAGUCAUACAUUGCGCUUCGUCGUGAUACAAGCGGAUGCAAGCCAUGUUGGGCGCUCGUGGAAUACGCCUACGACCUCGAUAUACCCGAUAAAGUCAUGAAUCAUCCGUUAAUUCUCAGUCUAGGAGAAGCGACUAACGAUCUCGUUACUUGGUCGAAUGACAUAUUUUCCUACAAUGUCGAGCAAUCAAAGGGACACACGCAUAAUAUGAUUGACGUCAUCAUGAACGAACGGGGCAUUGAUUUGCAAAGUGCCUUCAAUUUCGUCGGGGACCUCUGCAAACAGUCCAUUGACCGCUUUAUUGAAUGCCGCGGGCAAUUGCCUUCAUGGGAUCCCAAGAUCGAUCGGGACGUUGCAAUUUAUGUCGAGGGACUUGCGGACUGGAUAGUUGGUAGUUUACACUGGUCGUUCGAUACCGAACGUUACUUCGGAAGGCGUGGACACGAAGUUAAGAAGACGAGAGUCCUCAAGCUACUCCCACCGCGAAAGCUGCUAUCAGGGCGUGCAUUCUUACUACGGCGGAGCCGGCAAACAUCCUUCAGCCAUGUCUAG